CAGAUGUCAGCUGUCACAGACGGCUGCUCUCAUAUUUGUUUUUAUUUCUAAAAAUCUUAAUAUUUAUUAAAUAAUAAAAAUAAAUACUAUUGAAUACUUAAUAAGGGUGUUGCAUAUAAAAAAUCGCUUUAACAAGGGAGAACAAAAUUGAAGGAUCACUCAACUUUACCUAAUCUAACCAAUAAAACGUUAAAAAUUAAUUAUGCACAGAAAUUAUUUAUUGUUAGCAAAAUUCAAAAGCAACAUUAAUACCCUUUAUUCAGUGCGAAAUGUUGCUACUAAAAAUGAUUCAAAGCACAAGGGGAAGUAUGAUGUUAUAAUAGCUGGUGGAGGAAUGGUUGGGUGUACCUUGGCUUGUGCUAUGAGUAAAUCACCUAUUCUAUCAAAGUUAAAAGUAUUAUUAUUGGAAGGCAGUCCAAAUAAAAAGUUUGUAUUGAAACCUGAGUAUAGCAAUAGAGUAGUGGCACUUAAUCAAAAUACUAAAACUCUGAUGAACACCUUAAAUGUUUGGGAGCAUGUGGAGGAAAUGAGACUCCAACCAGUUAGGCACAUGCAAGUAUGGGAUGCCAGCUCCGAUGCCAUGAUAACCUUUAGCAGUUCCGACAUGCUUGAUGACGAUGUUGCAUACAUUGUAGAGAAUGAUGUUCUGUUACAUGCGAUUAACACAGUAUUAAAUAAAUCCGCUACAAAUGUAGAUACAGUAUACCAAGCAAAAAUAGAUGACUAUGAACUAUCAAGUGCUGAAAGGAAUGAAACUGCAGUAAUCAUGAACAAUGGAGACAUUUACUCUUGUGAUUUAUUGAUUGGUGCCGAUGGGGCGAAUUCAGCCGUCCGCAACGCUAUGGGAGUGCAAUAUGUUUCGUGGAAGUACGAUCACAUGGGAGUAGUAGCAACCCUUGAAUUGUCAGAGGAAACUGAAAACACGACAGCGUGGCAACGCUUCCUGCCAACGGGGCCCAUUGCGUUGCUUCCACUGGACUCGAGACGAAGCUCCCUCGUCUGGUCCACGUCGCCGGAACAUGCUAAAGAAUUACUUCAGUUGCCAGAAGAAAGUUUUGUCGACGCUCUCAAUGAUGCUUUGUGGAAGCAAUAUCCGAGAAAUAAAGGAGUAGAAGCAUGUACCAGCUGGGUGGGAUCGUUCCUCAAGCGAGUGGGACUCCCGGAUGGGACCGAGAGACAGUUGCCGCCGAGUAUUCGCUCCAUCACGAAGGAUUCUAGAGCCGCAUUCCCACUCGCUUUCGGCCACAGCACGAGAUAUGUGGCACCUGGAGUUGCUCUUAUUGGGGACGCUGCGCAUCGCGUACAUCCUUUGGCUGGUCAAGGCGUUAAUUUAGGUUUUGGUGAUGUUAAGGAUCUUACCCACUUGCUGACUGAAGCAUUAUAUACUGGCUUAGAUAUAACGCACUCUGAUUGGCUGCAAAACUACGAGAGUUCCCGCCAACGCCACAACGUGCCCACUCAACUCGCUGUCGACGCGCUGUACAGAUUAUACGCGUACGAUCUCACGCCGCUCGUGCUCGCUAGGAGUGUGGGCCUACAGAUCACUAAUGCUUUACACCCUGUGAAGAGACUCAUUAUGUCACAUGCUACGACAUAAAAAGGAUCCCCAAAAGACCUGUGCGUUAAUUGUCUGAUAUAAAUAGUUUUUGUUAAUUACACAAAGUCAUUAAAUAUAUUAAGGUUGAAAACAA